GAUGGAGGUGGUGGUGACUUGUAGUAAUAAGGAGGAGGUGGUGAUGGAGAUGGUGGUGGUGGUGACUUGUAGAAAUACGGUGGUGGAGGAGGAGACUCGUAAUGGUACGGAUGUGGUGGUGGUGCUUUUGAUGGUGUUACUGGUGGCCAUUGAUGGUAAGGUGGAGGUGGAGAAGCAUAGAUGUAAGGCUCAUCAUCUGCAACAACAUUAUUCAGUAACAAACACAAUGCCAAAGCAGAGAGCACGUGAGGCCAAAUGUUGGCCAUUUUUCACAGAAAAACAGUUUUCAGUAUCCUACAACUUUUAGGCUCUUGAAUGCCUAAAAGAUCACAGGACUACUUCUGAUGGCAUCAAAGGAGAAUGCCAGGAGAUUAUAUAGUGAUACCUUCAAUCAUUUCAUAAAUAUUUUUAAUGGUGUAUGAAACUUCCAAGUUCUAUCAAGUCUGAACUGUUCAAUGCCUAUACUCUUUCAAUAUUUCAUUUUUCAAAGAUAAAAUAUUUAUUGUGAU